AUGAAAAACUGUGAGACCCGUCCCACUAGCAGUGCACCACUCCCUGAAGUAAAUGUUACUUCAUAUAAUGAUCAAAUUCGUAGUCGGAGACGUGGAAAUGAUCGUGGGCAUGGACGUGGUCAUGGACGUGGUCGUGGAGGUGGUCGAGGACGUGGUAAUGGUCGUAAUCGUGGCCAAGGCCGUGGAUAUGGCCGAGUGGAUUCUCGUGAUGUUACAUUUAAGCGUAUGGCCAACCACCGAAAAUGGCAUGACAAUGGAAACAUGAAAAACUUUGAAAGAGAUGGCAAUGUUAAGCCUAAUAGUUGCUAUCGUUGUGGAAGCAUAAACCAUUGGGCGCGUGCAUGUCGCACGCCUAAACAUCUAGUGGAACUUUAUGAACAAUACCUUAAAAAAGGAAAAAAAGGACAGAAGUAA